GAAAGGUGAGUUUGAAGUUUUGCUAUUGGUUAGUUAUUUUAGAGGUUACCUACCGAUUUACGAUUUGUUGCAAACUUACAAAACAGCACCUUUUUAAAAACGAAAUAAUAUUUUCUAAUUUUUAAAAUUUUAUUUUAAUUAAAUAUCAAAAUGGUUUUUAUUUACAUAAAUUAUAAUUAGAAUAUUGUUCGUAAAAUUUCGUUUUCUUGCAUCAUUAUGAUUAAAUUGUUGAGUAAUAAUGCUGAAAAAAUUUCUAUUUAUCAAACUGCAUUUGCCGGUGGUGCCUCUGGUGCUGUUACAAGGGCCAUAGCUCAGCCUCUCGACGUCUUGAAGAUAAGGUUUCAGUUACAAUUGGAACCAAUAAAGUACGGAUCCAAAUACAGUUCUAUUUUCCAAGCAGUCACUUCUAUCAUCAAAGAAGAAGGAUUUACCACGCUUUGGAGUGGCCAUGUUCCAGCACAAUAUUUAUCAAUAGUGUUUGGUAUUGUACAAUUUACUACAUUUGAAAAAUUAAGCCACUUAUGUCAAAGAUCUGAUCCUCAAUUUUAUGUAGUACAUAAACAUUGGAUUAAUUUCUGUAAUGGAGGUAUCGCUGCAACACUUGCUACGGUUACGUCUUAUCCUUUUGACACUGUAAGAACUAGAUUAAUAGCUGAAAAGAAGACUAAUAAAGCUUAUAGAGGCUUUAUUCAUGGGUUAACUAUGAUCAUUAGGUGCGAGGGGCCCCGCGCACUAUUCAAAGGACUGUUACCAACACUGGGUCCAAUAGCGCCUCAAACUGGAAUACAAUUUGCUGUGUACAAGUUGUUUACUGAAAACAUAUUAAAUAAAAUUGCUUUUUUUCAAAGGCCAACAGGUGUAUUAGGUGUAGUGGAGUCAACUUUAUUAGCAAAUUUAAUUGCUGGCUCAGUCAGUGGUUUUGCAGCCAAAACUGCCUUAUAUCCAUUUGAUUUAGUGAAGAAGAGAUUACAAAUUCAGGGCUUUCAGCAGCAUCGAAGUGAUUUCGGAAAGCAAAUGUAUUGUAGAGGCAUGCUGGAUUGUCUCAAAUUGACUAUCACGGAAGAAGGGUUUUUGGCUCUUUACAAAGGUUAUGGGCCAAGCAUGUGGAAAGCAGUUUUAACAACAGCACUUCAUUUUGCUGUUUAUGAUGAAAUAAAACAUUUUUUCUUAAGAAUACAGACUUAGUGUGAUACAAAAUGUUUUUUUAGUAUUUCAUUAUAUACAGGUUAUAAAAUCAUAGCUUAAUUAUGUAUGUAGUUAGUUUGACUUUCAUAAUUCAUGUAGUGAUUUUGUGUUCAAUAUCAUUAUUAAUAUUAUAUAAUUUCACAUUAUAAAUAUGUAAAAUUUGUGUUCCUGCGAAAUAGUCGCCAAUUUUUUAUAGUAUUAGAUUAGUAUUUAGUAUUUUAAAAUUGUACCCCUGCUGUGAUAUUAAAAUAAUAGUCUUUCUUAGUAUGUAAGGAUAUCAAACACAUGUUUAUAUUUUAUAUUUAAUUUAUUAAA